AUGACUUGGUCUAUGCUGAUACGCUUUGCCGAUGAUGCGAACAACAUUCGAUUUGGAGAGCCGAAGAUCACUGAGGCUAAAGAGCUCUCUGACCUGCUAGCCAUGGGAGAGCUCUAUGCCACCGAAUAUGUGGGGGACAGUCCUCUUCUUCUGUCCCCAGGCACACAAAGUUUUCGCGUGAAGGAACUCCUUGGAGUUCUUCAGCCGCGUGACGUGCCUAUCAUCCGUUGCAUUGGUCUCAACUACAUGAAACACAUAUUCUGGCGGAAAGUCAAGGAAGGAGGUCGUGCACCUCCUCCCUAUCCUUCCGUAUUCAUAAAGCCGUCGACCUCCAUUGCAGGCUUCCAGGAAGAUAUUCCUAUUCCUAAACUUGCACAGGAUGACCAAUUGGACUAUGAAGGCGAAUUGUCAAUCGUGAUUGGCAAGACUGGUAAAGAUAUUCCUGAGCGGGAUGCCUUGGAUUAUGUCGCUGGAUAUUGUUCAUCAAACGACGUCUCUGCCAGAAAAUGGCAGCGUGACCCUGCUUUUGCGGGAGGUGUUCCACAGUGGUGUUUUAGCAAAGGCUUUGACAAGUUUGCAGCCCUGGGUCCAAUGAUCGUGUCGCCAAAGGUUGUUGGAGCUGCGGACAAUCUCCGACUCCAGACAUUCGUCAAUGGCGAGCUGCGGCAGGACUCCAACACCAACGAUCUCUUGUUCGGUGUGAAGAGGAUCAUUAGCUUUGUGAGCCAGGGCACCACCCUAGAAGCAGGCACCGUGAUCAUGACGGGAACUCCGGCCGGUGUAGCGAUGGGCAUGAAGGUCCCCAAGUAUCUGAAGGACGGGGACAUGGUGGAGGUUGAGAUCGAACACUUGGGAAGGACCAGGAACGUGAUGAGCUUUGAGUAA